AUGCCUCUUGUUCGGCCCCCACCGCAGUCCACGUCGGCUCCACCCUCACAAGCCCCGCAAGAGAAACAGUUUCCUACACUCGGAGUAUGUUCCCGGACGAACUAUGUAGCAGGCCUCGAUGACUGGUUGCACAUCACUUCGCCAAAGCACUUCCCUGACUUCGACCUUUGUCCGGACUGCUAUAAUACGUCGUUCCGCAACACGCGCUAUGGACCCUGCUUCUCUACCGUUCCGCCCAAACCGGCGAACACCAGCACCAGCUGUGACUUUUCAGGCCUGUGGGUUCGCAUAGCUUAUGUAUGGCUCUUCUCAAAUAACGCGCCAGAUCUCACGUUGAUGGGAAAUGUAGCGGCAAUCCAGCAUGAUGAAGAUGGGCCAUGUCCAAACCUGAACCGCGAGGAUCCCGAAGUCAAAAAAGGGGGAAACCCUGCCGUAACCAGGAGAUGGUACUGUCUCCACGAUCCAAAGACGAACACGCUGGUUGAGGACCUGACUUUCUGCUCCGGCUGCGUGGCAAAUGUCAAUCUCAUCUACCCAUGUCUAAACGGCAUAUUCCGGCUCGUGGCCAAUGGACAAAAGCUACCGGCGACGUGUGAUCUCAUGACGUUGGGCAACGCACAGGCGCGCGGUUUUCAAUAUUUCGACUGCAUGGUCGAGGUCGCGGAGAAGACGAUGGCAACGGGAACAAGAGAUGUUUCGCCGUUGGUAGAGUAUAUAAGAAAGUGGGCUGCUAUCCCCUUCUGCAAAAAAGGCGAUAUCGUCACCGGAGAAAGACGCUACUCAUUGCCCUCCACCGUACCUGAUUUCACGGCAUGCGAGGAGUGCUAUACAAGGCAUAUCCAGCCGCUUCUCGACACACAUCCCCAGCCACGCGUCCUCUCACAACUUGAGUCCUCUGUACCCACCAAUAGUGGCUUCACUUGCGACUUGUAUUCUCCACGACUGCAACAGUACUUCCAGGAGUAUUCCACCACGAACAAUGUACAGAGCUACCGCGAAAAGCUUACGGCACGAAAUACAAAGUUGCAGGAGACGAAGAUGCAGUUGCAACGCAUGAAGCAAGAACACCAGCAGUUGAAAACACAGUCGAAUAUGCACAUGAACAUGAUGCGGGUGGAGCAGUCGAGUGCGAUGAUGUCGAGUAUGGCGUGGACGACGUCGAGAUGGAGUGCGCCACCAGUUGACUGGAGGGGCGUGAAUUCGCAGCUGACUCAGGGCAAUGAGCUGGCGAUGAAGGCGGCGAUGGUGCUUGACAAUAUGGCGUUGCUGGAGAAAGAGUGGAAAGAGUUUUGGGAGUAG